CAGUUAGCGGUUUUGUAAUCAAUAACUUUCUUUACAUUGCAAACACUGUGAAUGUCUAUUUGAAACACACAUACUUCUAUACACAGAUGGUUUAACAAUUGUUGAUAAGGAAUUUUUACCAAAAGUUCACUUGGUUGCAAAUCAAUUGUUUAUGGUGUUGUGUAAACUGAGAGGUAAUAUGCACUUCAAUAUUUAUUUUAUAUUGAAGAUACAUAGGAAAAUACUCGAUGAUGCUGAAAUUUAAUUUCCCACGGAUUAAAAAAAGUGAGCGUAUGUGCGAUAUUGUGAAAUUAACUUGUGAAUAUGCCUAUUGGAUCAAAACAUCAUUUUGUCAUUAUAUUAAUUAUAGGGACCUUAGUGACGUCUUUCAUUGGUAUGACAAGGUUAGGGUAUUCUUUAUCAACAUUCUUAAAGCUAUCUAGAAAACACAACAAUUCUAUUGACUCAGCUUUAGGAAUACAGAAAAAAGUAAACGGGAGUGAACAAUUGAGGAAAAAAUUAAAACAGUUAAAAAAAUAUAACACGAUAGUGAAUGACAGAUUAACGUAUAAGACACGGAAUAAUUCGACAAAAAAUCAAAACACGAAAAAAACGGAUAAAAUAAGAGAAACAGUAUGUGAUAAAUGUUUUACUCAUGAUUUUAAAUAUUUGAUAAAUAAUGAGAAAAUAUGUAAGUUAAGUAACAACAACACCGAUAAAAUAGAUUUAUUUAUCUUAAUUUUCACAGAACACAAGAACUUUGAACAACGUGACGUCAUUCGUAGAACAUGGCUGUCCUACUCCAGAAACAAUACUGGUAACAUACGUUAUGCCUUUUUGCUCGGCAAGCCGACAAGUGAUGAUCUUCACGAACAAGUUAUACAGGAAAAUAACGUGUACCAUGAUAUAAUAAAAGAAGAUUUUGUUGAUACUUAUAUGAAUUUGACUUAUAAGACCAUAAUGGGAUUUAAAUGGGUUGUGACGUUUUGUUCUUCAGCUAAAUAUGUUCUCAAAACAGACGAUGACAUGUAUAUAAAUGUACCAAAUUUUGUACAUUACAUAAAUACAUCUGGUGCAGAGUUAGAAAAUCAUGUGGUCGGUCUUUGCAUAACUUUACCAAGUCCAAUGAGAAAUAGAAGUUCAAAAUGGUAUGUGUCAAUAGAAUCGUACAAAGAAAGGCGAUAUCCUGGCUAUUGUUCGGGGACUGGCUACUUAACAAGUUUCAAUAUAGUGAACAAAAUAUUUGCUAUUUCGUCUAAAAUUCCAUUUUUUUACUUUGAGGACGUAUAUGUUGGACUUUGUUUAAGAAAAAUCGGAGGAUUUAUAAAAAAUAUAAAAGGCUUUAAUAAAGGCAGGGUUAAAUUAGAUAAAUGUGUUUAUAAUGGUAAAACAAUGUUUACAUCACACCACUUAACGGCUAAGCAAAUAGAAACUGUAUGGAACUGUACAAUUCAAAAUAUUAAAUAAAAGAAAAUGACGUCAUCCUAAAAACACAAUUUAUUCAUAAAAUGCACAAGAACGACCUCAUUUAGAGUACUUUAGAAAAAGUGACUUGUCUUACACGGUGGGGGGUAAGACAUUUUUUUUUCUUUUCUAGCACCGUUGUUUACAGUAAUUGUUCCUUUCAACUAUACAAGAAAAUCAUUGUCAUCAAUAACUUGAGGAAAACCUUAGAAUAAUAUUAAAUGUUCUCGUACAUGUAUUGUGUUCUGAUCAAUAUCAAAGAGUAAGGCUAUUUCAUUAAUCAAGUUUAACUUUAAAGGAUGUUCCUCCUUUACAUUUCAAAAAACUCGAUACCAUAAUUUGAGGUAAUGUAUAACAAGGUAAAGAAAAUCAAUAAGUAAUGGAUAUCUUUACUUAAAAACAUCUGUUGAAAGCGAUUAUAUAUAUUGAUAUUUUGCUGCAUAUGUUACAAUUAUAGUAUGAAAAGAGUUUGUUCGCUAACUUGGGUGACAUCGAGGGAUGUUUCUGCCAAAAAUUGGCUAGGUCACAAGCCCGAGACAAUAUUUUGCAAAAACAUCUCGAGAUGUCGCCAAGCCAGUGUUAUAACCCCGUAAUAAACGAGUAUCAUAUUAUUAUAACUGUUUAAUCACCAUUCAUAUUUAUUUUGUAAUAGAAAUCAUCAAAGAAUAUAAAAAUACAUGUGCCCUUCCCUCUCGUGUGCUUUCACUUUUGUUGCAAAUGGAACCCCCAUUUAUAAUGAAAUAAUACCAGCUACUGUUGUCAUAAGCUACAUUACAUCCAUUUAUAAUAAGGCAGUUGUUUGAAGUUGAUUUCGCUGCCGCCAAUAUAAAACAACAAACAAACAAAACAAAACAAAAACAAGAAAAAAAAGAGAGAACAAAACAAGAUUUACAAGCCUUGAAAAUUUUAAGACGUCCAUUGUUUGAGACUGAUUGAAAGUUGACAUCUUCUGGAGAACGUUAAUUCAAGAUUUAAGUGUUUUUUUUUUCAAAGGAAAUAAUGCAUUCAACGGAUGUACCUUUUGAUUUCAGCAGAUUUGUGUAUUAGAAAAAAAAUCAUUUCAUUUAUUAUAGUUGGUUAUAUUACAUGUAUUUAUAGAUUUUUCUCAAUACAUAUUUUGAAAUUCUCAUUGAAAGUGUAAUGAGUAUAAAUAAAGAAAAAGUUCCGAACCAUGCAAUAAUUUAUCUAAAAUUAAUAAAAACAACAAAAUAAAUUUAUACUAGAGAUUGAUAUAACUUUAAAAUUAGAAAUAGUGCAAUGAAGUUGGUUGUAACGCUGCUUUAAGCACAAUUUUUGUCAUACCUCGGUGCUCGGUCUACCUUCCCGGAUUUCCUGGAUAACUAACCAGUAUAUACUAUUUUCCACGCAAGUGACCGACUAAUCCAAAUUGAAUAACAAAACAAACACCUAUUAGAAUCAAUGGUCGAGAUCAAAUGUCGAGGAAAAAAUUAGCUUCACCGGAGGACUGAGUCAACGAUACCUGAAU